UCAACAGUCAACUGAAACCCAAGCCAGACUCAGAACAGAACCAGCCACCAACUACCAACAACACCGAAGAACGACUUGCAAGGAUGGUCAACAGCCAGGACGACGAACAACAACAAAAACAACAACAACAACAACAACAGGAACCAAGAACCGAAACACCAGCCACCACUCCAUCAGAGCCAAUAGAAACAACAAUAACAACAACAAUCAACACAGAUAACCACUCACCAAUCGAUCAACCCCCUACACCUCGUCCUAAUACUCCCCCUCAUCGAAAACUACCCGCUCGGAAACCGGUCAGAUCGAUCCUCAAACCAUCACCUCAACCCCAACCAAAGUUCAACUUCAAACGUGAUAUCCUCAGCCCGUUCAGUAACAAGUUGGGCUAUGCCGCACUCGAGGAGAGCCCACUAGGUGCUGUAGUCGGAGCUGGUGGUGUCGGUCAGGGCGUUCAAGCUGCUGCUGGCUGGGUCGGCAACGCCUGGAAGCGACUGGGUGCUGCUACGACUGCUAGUCCUACCACCACCACUGCUGCUGCUACUACUACUACUACUACCGAAAAACUAACGGCCGCCGAUCAUGAAACUCAGCAGCAACAGCGAUCCUCUCUUAUCCAUCCCACAAAUUCAAAUCAUCCAAUCGAACCUUCAAACGACUUGCCGGCCGAUCAGACGAUCAGUUCACCACCCUCAUCUACUCAUUCUCAUCAAGUUCUCUCUCCAAACUCAAGAUUCAACCAUCUGCCCAUCUCCUCAAGCACCGAACCUUCUCAUAAUCUCAAUCAAACUAAUGCUCUCGCCCCCCCUCUCCAUCCACCCCCUCCAGCCGGAACGAACCUCCAACUCAGUGUCUCCUCACUCAAAAAAGUUCAUUUUAUCAUGUCCGACCUCAAGAUUGUCUAUCCGAUCAGCAAUACUCAACCCCCAUCGUUCGAUCAACUCAACAGACUAAGAAUCAACCAAGCCCGCAAGUUACUCCUUGCCAACCGUAACGCGGCCCAUCAUCACCCUCCCACUUCUCCUACUACGACUACUCAACCCAAUCCAAUCAAUUCAUCCCCAACCAUCAACGGCUGGACGGCUCGGAGUCUAGAACUGUUUUAUGAUGAAUGCUGUCGGACUCGAGAGGAAGGAUGGGGAAUCAUGAAGGUUCGAGAGAUCAUCAAACAAUCCGCCCCCCUACCACCCAAAGUGCUCGAUCUGACCGGGGUCCCUCUGAACCGAGUCGGAGCUGCUGAAGUCCUGGGUGACUUACUCAGUGUUGACUUUGGAUUAAAAUCACUCGUCCUGUCGAGCUGCAGCCUUGAAGAUCACUGUCUCAAACCAAUCUUACAUGGUUUGCUAGUUAGUGGUAGUUUACCCUCGAUUAGCUUUGCCAAUAACCCCAAGCUUCGAGCUAAAGGCUGGAAAUUGAUUGCAGUAUUUAUCAAAAAAGCGAAGGCGCUACGUAAUAUAGAUAUAUCUGAUAAUUCGCUCGAUCGACGAUCGGUAGAGUACCUCGUACAGGCCCUAGCUGGCAAUAUUCGUAAGGAUCGCCCGGACGCUAACAUCUCACCAAACUCAACGAACCUGAAGCUUCCAGAUGUCACACCGGUUGCCAACGUUUCUCUUACUCAGACAAACCUCAAGUCGCAUUCUCUCCCUCGAUUGACGAGCGCCUCUAGCAUUUCACCUACAUCUCUUUCCUUCAACGGACACGACCUCACGACCCAUCUCACUCAAGAUGAAGAUGACGGUGCUUCAUUAUUCCCAUCUGCACCACUUCUUCGAGAAGAUCAUUCACCGGCUCUACAAGCCUUGUCUGCCAUCUCAAAUUGGUCCUCUUCCGAUUCUUCAAACCUCGUCUCUCUGCGUCUAGAUCACUGCAAUCUGAAAAACAAUCAAUUGGACACGUUGGCCCACGCCAUUCGUCUAUCAAAGCUAAAACAUGUCUCUUUUCGAAAUAACCGAAUCUUCAAUCUUGGUGCCGUAUCUUUGGCGGUGAUGAUUAAGGAUUGGCCUACUCAGUCUGAAUCAACAUUCAACGAUGGUAUCGGUGGCAAGGUAGAUUCAACGCCCGACCAUCAUUCAGAUUAUCCAGGGCAUCCAGGCAAUGAAUCUUUGGAUCCACCCACCUCAUCAAUGCCCACACCAUUUGUGAGCUUGAACUCAGUUACUGCCAGACAGAGUGAUCUCCUAGCACAGCGCCAGAUGCAAGGGAAAACGCCGCUACCGCCACCCGUAGAUGAGCUCCCCCCAGAUAAACAUUCACCGAAACAGACAGCAGAAUUUGGUAAGCCAGAGCUGGCACAGAAAGAUUCAAAUCAAAAUGUAUCUGCAUUGGUCAAGGACGAGAUGAAGAAGGCCCAUGAACAAAGAUUCAAGAUCAAAUCCAAGAUCGAUCAAUUGCCAACCGUCGGCCAAUUGUUAACUUUGGACGUGAAGUCCAAUGACUUGAGAAGUGCAGACGUCUUCUAUUUAGCCCAGGUACUCAAGAAAAAUCGAACUUUGAAGGUACUUAACUUGGCCGAGAAUCGCAUCGAUCCCAUAGGAUUGGCCCAUUUGGCGGAUGCACUUCGAUAUAACACCUGUUUAGAGACACUCGAUCUGAGUCGUAAUCCAUGCUGUGGCCCAAACCUAGAAGGCAUUUUAGCGCUGCGAACGACCUGCACGAUCAAUAACUCAUUAAAGCGAAUAUUCUUGUCGCAAACUGAUUUGAGCUCGCAAGGUUCUAUCGCAAUAGCUGAAUUUUUGCCCGAGAUGAAGAAUCUUAUUCACCUCGAUCUCACCGAAAAUCAUGGAAUCGACAUAGCAGGCGUGAUGGCGCUAGCGGUUUCCGCCAAAAUGAACACCAGUUUAAGGUGCUUAGAUAUUAACAUCCCGCCGAACGACCCUGAUUUUGCACAUCUUUCUCAAGAAAUCUUGCAAUCCUGUGUGCGCAAUACCGAGCUAGCUCAAGAAAUGGCUAACCAACGUGGGGCUCAAACAACAAUAGCACAGCCGAUGCUCAAGUCCACCGUCGUCAAAGCACUCGUCAAUCAACAGCAGCAACAGCAACAGGAACAUCCAUUGGAGGCGAUUGGGAUCAAACAACAGCCCGCCAGUUCAACUCCUGGGCGGAAAUCUAAGAAUCCUGCUGCCAUGAGUCGCGCUGAGACUGUUAAGAAGAUUUUGACCUCAACAGAGGAAACAUGCAAAGUCCUGCGGGAUUUGAUCUCCGAAGAUGAACAACGAAAACUUAGGAUGCUUCAAGAAGAGCGGAAGGUACUGAUGAUAGUAGAAUGUAGUGAGCUUGUCAGGGAGCUGCUAGACCAAGUCAAGGCCGGGCAGUUCCAAAUAAGGGAAGCCCUCGGAAGCCUCAUGAUGGAUGAAGCACUGAGGUCUCAUGCCCAGUCAGUUCACGCAGAAUCUGUAGCUGUUUGUGAAUAUGCCGAGGCGGUCCACAGAGAGCCGGAUGCAGUGAAUAGAGGCUCAAUCAGCUCCAGUCCGUCCUUCUCCGACUCAAAAGUAGUAUCGCCGGUCUCAAACGUUUCCCACGAUCCCAAGAUCCGAAAUUCGGAACUGAGUGUUGGAAAUCAAGAAUCCGAUUUCGAGGAUGAAGAGACUACUCCCCGAUCGGAUUCAAUUUCCAAAACUGAAAACGACUCGUCUGAAACCACCGAAUUUCAAUCUACAUCUGAACCACGUGGACAGAGCUCUCAAAGCGCUGAUUCUUCUUCGAUAUCCGCUCAACAUUCAGGGUUAUCUUCAUCUCCAAAUGGCGGCAAGAAAGGAGUCCGACAGCGAACGGAAGUGACGAUUGAUAGUGGCAAAGAUAGUCUUCGACUUGACUCGCCAUCCUCGAACGGCGCGCCCCCUCGAUCUCCUGUGGAGAGCCAUAGCAGAUCUCUAACGAUUGAGGAGGGGGAAGUCUUUAGGAAAGGCAGUGUUUUAGGCACAGUGGCCGGAGAUGACGAUGAGGAGGUCCCGGGAGAAGUCUUGAAAGAAAGUAUCUUGGUGGCGCAAGUAGAACGCACAAGAAGGAAUAGUGCCAACCUUGAGGACCAAGCCGAUGCGGCCCUGCUUGCAGAAGAACAAGACACGGAGAACCGGGAGCAGACAGAAUCGGAUGAUGACGAUGGCGAUCCAAACGAAACUGAUGAACAGGGGCUACCGGGAAAACCCAUCAACGAUAUCUUAAACCAGCAUCUUUCAUGAUUUCUUUCACCUCAUUCCUCUUCGCAUAUUCAUUGGGAAAGUUUUUUUUUGCCUUUUCGCGGCAUUCUUUAGACAACAAAAAUCAACUCCAUUCUUUUUUCCCUCAUCAAGUUGUUGUAAAGUUCUUUGUUUUGCUGCAUGGUUUUUUGUUUUGGUUUUUGAUAGCAAUGAAAAUUAGAAGGUUGUGUGAUUUCUGUCAAGUUAUGGCAAUUACUGUUAGGCUGUGAAAAACAAAAAUGCUUGCUUUUG